UAGUGUGCCUCCUUUGAGUUUAUUUUCCGCUGGAUAAACAUCCUCUAAGGCCUUCAUUCUUACUUGAAUAAUGUCUUGGAUGGUUACUUUUGAUUUUAUUCUAAUAAAAAUAUGUUAACGUAAUAACUAAAAUUAAAAACUGAGAAGCCCUGUCGUCUUCCUGUUCUCACGUUGUUUCCAGGAACGGGAUUUGUAUUCUCUAUUUUGGACCUAGCAGCACUCCGUACACUGACAGGGGUCAACAAACGGGAUUGUUGUGAAAAUCAGCGGCUCAUCGAUCUUUCAUCAGCCGGUGUGAAGCUCACACCAGCGGGCCGCCGCUGGAAGGGAGUCCCGGUCAAGCGGUGAGACGCUGGGGCGUGCGGCGGUGAAUCAGGAUGAGCACAAAGGGAGGAGUCACAGCUCUGCCACGCAGGAACUACAGACUGGCCUCAGACAUGGACAAACCCAGAUCCACAGGUAUUGUGAACGAGAAGCUGCUGAGUGACUACCUGCACCACGUGUUUCCCUCCACCAAGCCGGGACCAACCGUCGCCUCGCUCAGGAAGCCUCUUGGUUUCCAGGACCUGAGCUCACACCUGGAGAAGCUUCUGUCUGAAGGAGAAACACCUGAAGAGCUCAGAGAUCCGUCUGCAGAGGGCCGUCUGGGUCCUCAACCUGUGGUUCUGGACCACACCAGCGGCUUUGAGGGCCUCUUGUUCGUGGACGACGACCUGCUGGGGGUAAUUGGCCACAGCAACUUCAGUUCCAUCAGAGCCACCACCUGCGUUUUUAAAGGGAAAUGGGCCUACGAGGUUCUGAUCUCCUCUCAGGGUCUGAUGCAGAUCGGCUGGUGCACUCUGAGCUGUCGCUUCAACCAGGAGGAAGGGGUCGGGGACACGCCGGACUCGUACGCCUAUGAUGGAAACCGGGUCAGAAAGUGGAACGUAACGACCACCAACUACGGAAAGUCGUGGGCAGCUGGAGACAUCGUCAGCUGUCUGAUCGACCUGGAUGAAGGAACCAUCACCUUCUGCCUGAACGGCCAGUCUCUGGGGACGGCCUUCAGCAGCAUCAAGACGGGUCCCGGCGUGGCGUACUUCCCGGCCAUCAGCCUCUCCUUCAAAGAGUCGGUGGCGUUCAACUUCGGCAGCCGGCCACUCAGGUACCCAGCUGACGGCUACCUGCCGCUGCAGGACCCCCCCACCGCAGACCUGCUGAAGGCCCACAGGCUGCUGGGAUACAUCAAGAAUGUCCUGUCCACCUCCAUUGACACUCAGGAAGAGAAGCUGCUGGAGAAAGACUCCGCCGUCUGGAGGCUCCAGGGAGAACCCACCGUUCUCAUCACUCUGGCUCACAUCUUCAACCUCUUCGCUCCGCUCAUGUGUAAGGUCUACCUGGUGGAGGAUGUGCUGAUGAACUUCCUGCUGGGAAUCCUGGAAGGAGGCGGUUCUGUGGAUGAACAUCCGCUCAUCCAGCAGCUGCUGGACCUCUUCUGGCUGCUGAUGGAGGACCAUGAGGUGAACGAGUGCCUGAAGCAGCUCAUGAUGUCCCUGCUGAGGGCGUACCGCUUCUCUCCCAUCAUCCCAGACCUGGGCUUCCAGAUCCACUAUCUGCGUCUGACCACCGCCAUCCUGCGCCACGAGAAGUCCAGGAAGUACCUGCUCAACAACGUCCUGUUCGAUGUUCUGCGUUCAGUGGUCUUCUUCUACAUCAAGACUCCUCUGAGAGUCAAGGAGGCGGGACUGGAGGAGCUGAUCCCGACCACCUGGUGGCCCACACACUUUGACAAGGAGGGAAAAGAUGAGCGAGAACCCAAAGACGAGAGUUCAGAUGAGCGUCUGAGGCGCCGAGCGUACGAGAGAGGCUGCCAGCGGCUGAAGAAGAGGAUUGAAGUGGUGGAGGACCUACAGGUCCAGAUCCUCAGGCUGCUGCUCAACAACAAGGACAAAAAUACGGGAGAAGCUUCUCGUUACAUUUUCCUCAACAAGUUCAGAAAGUUCCUACAGGAGAACGCCAGCAACCGAGGGCAUCCCACAGCUCUGUGUCCUCCUGAAUACAUGGUGUGUUUCCUGCACCGCCUCAUCACCGCCGUGCGGAGCAGCUGGGACGAAGGCAGCAGGAAGAGUCCCAGCAGCCUCAGCAGCGAAGACGCCUAUGUUCCUCCUCAGCUCUUCUACAACGGGAAGGUGGAUUACUUUGACCUGCAGAGACUGGGAGGACUCUUGUCCCACCUGAAGAAGACUCUUAAAGACGACCUCGCCACUAAGGCCAACAUCGUCAUCGACCCCGCAGAGAUCCAGGCUGCGUCGAUGGACGACCUGGACGAAGACGAGGAGAGCGGAGCCGCUCAGAGGCCUUUCGGAGCAGCGGCGAUGGGCAGUGCCCUGGCCCGACCCAGCUGGUUGAGUUCUCCCACUCUGGGCCGGGCCAACCGGUUCCUGAGCACGGCGGCCGUCAGCCUGAUGACGCCGCGGCGGCCGUUGUCCCAGCCGGAGAAGGUGAAGGUCCGGACGCUGGCGGUGGAGCAGCGCACCGAGGAAGACAUCGAGGGUAGCCACGGAAACGACGGCCUGUUGCUGGGGCGACCGCAGGAGGAGCCUGACCAGCCAAUCACAGACAAGUCUCUGCUGGAGAUCAUCGACGGCAUCGUGAUGAUGUACAACCUGAGCGUCCAUCAGCAGCUGGGGAAGAUGGUGGUGGUGGCAGACGAGGUCCAUGAGUACGCUGUGGCUCUGAAGGACACUGAGGAGAAGAUUGCUCGCUGUCCCACCAGACGCGCAGACAUCCUGGACGAGCUGCAGAAGAGCCAGAAGGUUUUUUCAGAGAAGCUGAACCACCUGAGCCGCCGGCUGGCCUGGAUCAACGCCACCAUCUACUCCAAGGAGAAGAUGCUGGACGUCUACUGGCUGCUGUGCGUCUGCAUCCGGACCAUCGAGCACGCCGACAACACGGCGUCGCUGUUCGCCUUCACGCCGGAGUUCUACCUCAACGUGGCCAUGAACGCCUACAGCGCCCUGAAGAACUACUUCAGCCCCGCCAACAGCAUGGACGAGCUGCCAGGUUAUGAGGAAACGCUGACUCAGCUCGCCGCCAUCCUCGCCAAGCACUUUGCAGACCCACGCAUCGUUGGGACAGAUAUCAAAGAUUCCCUGAUGCAGGCGCUGGCCAGCUACGUCUGUUACCCACAAUCCCUCAGGGCGGUGGAGAGGAUCCCAGAGGAGCAGCGAGUCGCCAUGAUGAGGAACCUUCUGGCUCCGUAUGAGCAGAGACCCUGGGCUCAGACCAACUGGAUCCUGGUCAGACUCUGGAGGGUGAGCUCACACACACACACACACACACACACACA